AUGUUAUUCUUGGCGCUUAAUUAAGCAGUUUGUAUUGAACCUUCAAAAUUGUGUGUUUGUGGUCAUAUUCAAAAUCGUGACAUUUGUUAAAAGUCGAGUAUUUGUAUUUGGGAUGAUGAUCUAUGUGUUUUAAAAUCAGGAUCGAAAUAUUAAAUAUAUUAAGAGGAUUACAACUAAUGCAAAAAUUAUGGACAUGAAGAAUGUAGAAAACUUUAACAUUAUGGAUUCCAUUUAGGUAAAUGCAUCGAUUUUUAAGGUUGCUUAAUUUACAAUAAAGAAAAUUGUUAAAGUGCUUCAUUCUAAUGUGUAUCUGAUGGUAGAAAAUGCAUUGAAAUAAGAGAUUGUAUUAAUUAUUAAAAUCAGAUUGAGUGUGAUAAUAAGAGUAAAAAAGGAACUUUUUGUGUAUGGAAAAAAUUGGAAGAAUUGAAAUGUUAGGAGGUUUAAAAAUGUGAAGAUCUGCCAAUAUAUUUAAAAGAUCAUGAAGGAUGCAAUGAAAGUUUGAAAGGAUGUACAGUGAAUAGCACAAGUUAGGGUUGUAUUUAACAGAUGGAAUCAUGUACAGAUUACAAGUUGGAAAGUUAAUGUUACUCAACUCUAAAUAAUAAAUAGACAUGUUUUUGGUUAUAUGGAAAAAGGAAGUGUUUGGAGAAAAAAUGUGAUAAUUUUUUUUAUAAAACUGAUUAUGAAUGUAGAUCAUACUUAAGUGAAUGUACAACCAAUGGAAUCCAUUGUGUGAUAAGGAAAUCUUGUAUAGAGGCAAAAAGUGAAGCAGGAUGCAUAAUGGAUAAUUAAGGAAAUAAAUGCUAGUAUUACGAAGGAGAAUGUUAAAAAAAAACAUGUGAAACUGCUUUCAAAAUUAUCAAUAAUUACCGUUAAUGCUAAGAUUAUGAUAAAACUUUGGAUUGUGUUACAUCUCAAAAUGGAGGAUGUAAGAAUAGACCUUCUAAUUGUUCGGAAUAUGUUGGGGAAGAAGAUUGUUAUUCUAUAAUAGAUUAAGGAUGCAUUUGGAUUAAUUAAAAGUGUGAAUUAAAAUAAUGUUAUCAUGCACCGUCUGAAUAUACACAUUCUGAUUGUAAAUUAUUUGGAAAUUGUAUGGGAAAACUAGAAGGUGGUUGUAUUACCACCCCGUAUUUAUGUGAAGAGAUCUACUAAUAGAUUGGUUGUGAUAAAAAUUCAUAAGGAUAAUAAUGCAUUUGGUUAAAUAAUUAGUGUAUUUUAUUGGAGUGUAAUUAAUUAAAAUUACCAUAUUAUUCUAGUAGUUAAGCUUGCUAACUUGUAAGUGCAAAUUGUAUAAUAAAUAUUUAAUAAUUUGGAUGUGUAGAUUAUACUUGCGAUAAUGUAGAUGAAGAAAAGGAUUGUACAAUUGAUUCAAGAGGAAAUCAUUGUUUAUUAUCACAUGGGUGUGUCUAAAAAUAGUGUAAUACUGCUCCAUCUACCUUUUAAUCUAUAUAAGAAUGUGAAGAUUGGCUGCCAGAAUGCACAAUUAAUGUUUUCUCUUAAACUAAUAUUUUAGUUUUAAAAGGUUGUAUUAAAAAGUUUUAAUUAUGUCAAUUAUAUUAAAAGGAAUAGUGUUUUUCAACUAUAUAAGGUUAUAUUUGUAGAUGGAAUACCACUUAAAAUAAAUGUGAAAAUGAAGAGUGUUCUGGUGCUAAUCCAACAAAUUAUACAACAAACGAUGAUUGUAUUAAUUUUAAAAUAGAUUCAUAAAAAUGUAUAAUUGGAGAUAGUGGAUCAGGGUGUAUGAAAUGGCCCACUAAUUGUAUUGAUCUGAAAACCGAACAGUAAUGUAAUUUAAAUCUAGAAAAUGGAGAGGAAUGCUUUUGGUCAGGGACAGUGUGUAAAAUAAAAGAAUGUUCGGAUGCUUCAUAAUAUUUAUAUAAAAAUAAUAUUGAAUGUUAAAAGUGGAUGAAUAGUUGCAUUUACAAUCCUAUGCAAGCAAAAUGCGAAAAACGAUUAGAAUAGAAGGGCUGCCACUUAUCAAACUCUAAUAUAUUUAAUAAUCAUUAAGAAUGUUUUGCUUGGAAUCCUAAAUGCACUGUAGUAGGUAAUUUCAAUUCUGAGGGAUGUGAAAAGAAAAAGGAUUAUUGUGUAGAAUAUCAUGAUGAACAAGUUUGUAAAUCAACUAUCUCAGGAUAAUCCUGUUAAUGGGAUAACGUUUAUCAAUAAUGUAAAGAGGCUGACUCAUCUUUUUCUUGUUAGAUUAGUGGAAUUAGCAAUUUAACACAUCAAGAAUGUGAAUCUUUUAAUUAUAAAUGCACAAUAGCUAAUAUCACUAAAAGUUGUGUUAAUUUAUCAUAAUAUUGUUAUUAUUAUAAAAGUAAACUUGAAUGUAAUAUUGAUUCUUAUUAAUAACCUUGUAUUUGGGAUGAUAGUAACAAGAAAUGUAAAAAUUUAGAAUGUGUUGAUAAUAAGACUGCAACUACUGAAAGUGAGUGUUUAAAUUGGAGAAGAAAUUAGGAAUGCAUAUUGACUAAAAAUGUAGACGGAACUGUUGGAAAAGGUUGUUAGAAUACUGCAUCUUCAUGUGAUGGGGUUACUAAUCAUAUUAUAUGCAAUGUUACUAUAACUAAAAAUAGAAAGAGAUGUCUUUACAUUAAUAAAAUAUGUAAGGAGGUAUAAUGUAAUACUUGUGAAUAUAUUACUUUAAGUAAAAGUAAUGAAGAGUGUUAAUCUUAUAAUACUGACUGUAUUUUAAAACAAAGUGGAUAAGGUUGUUACUGCCCAUUAUAUUGCUCUAACCUAAGUUCUUCUUCUUGUGGUAGUGUUAAAAUGUCAUUUAAUAAGGUGUGUAAAUUUGAUAGAACAUGCAAAGAAAAAAGUACAUCCUCCCUUAAUUGUACUUCACGAUGGUUAUCAACAACAUUAUUAACAGAUUAGAUUUGUUAUGAUUGCCUUUAUUCCUAUAUUUUAUAAAAUAAUAACAAUAAAUGUGUUUUUUAUAAUGAAGGAGAAAUUAAAUUGAAUUACUAAUGUGCUCAAUAUGAUAAUUACUAAUGGUCAUCAGGAAAAUGCAAAAAAAUUAAUAAUAUAAAUUGCCUUGAAAAUACAAUAGCUGUUACAGAUUUGGAAUGUUUACUAAUUUCUCCAAUUUGUGGUUUGAAUUAUAUUUAAGGAUAAGGUUGUGCCUUUAUCAAAUGUAAUAUUGGCUAUAAUCUUACAUAAAGUUAAUGUAAUUUUCGUUACACCAUAGAUGGUUUAGGUUGUAAGUACAGUUCUUCUAAUUGUAAUUAAAAAUUAUGUAUUGAUUAUUUAGACUAGAGUAGUUGUUAAAUUAGAUAUGAAUAUUAAUACUCUAAAUCAUUAAAAUGUUAUUGGUGCAAUACUAGUUGCUCUAAUAAUAAUACUUGUGAUACAAAUAUUAAAGUCCUCCAUAAGAUCAUUCAGAUUGCAACAAGAUGAACCAUCUUUAAACUAUCAAAAUGAGUGAUAUCGUGUGUGACUUGAAGAAAACAUCUUGUAAUGAAUAUUUAUAUGAGGCUGGAUGUUAGGUUACAAUUGAUGGGGUCAAAUGUAUUUGGUAGAAUAAUUUAUGUUAACUUUUAAAUUCUGCUUAGGUGUUGAACGAAGUGGAUUGUUCUAUUUUUAAUCAGAAUUGUUUUUGGGGUGAAAGUGGAAUAGGAUGCAUAGAAAUAAAAAACUGCUCUGAAUUACAAAACUUAACUUUAUGCACAAUGAAUUAAUCUUAAACUCAUUGUUUUUGGGAUACUAGUAUUAAUAAUAAUUAAUGUACUGAAAAGAUGUGUUCGAACUUUUAAGGAAUACCCAUCUCAGAAAAUGAUUGUGAUAAUUGGUUAAAAAAUUGUAAAUUUGAUAGUUCUACUUAAACUUGCGUUGAAUAAUGCGAAUCUGCUGAUAAUUCCUACAGAUCUCAUCAAUAAUGUGAAUCCUAUUAUCCAAGCAAAAGAUGCACUCUAAAAAUAGUUUCAAUUAAAUGUGUUGAUUUGCCAUCAUCUUGUUCUCUAGCCAAAGAGAGUCAAUGUUUCCAAGAUUCAAAUGGAAAUGAAUGCUACUAUUCUAAAUCUAAAAAUAGAUGUGUUGAUUUAAUUUGUUCAUCUUUAGAAAUGAAUACACAUUUUGAUUGUAAUCAGAGACUUAAGAAUUGUACAGUGAAUAAAGAUCAUAAUGGAUGUUAGAUGCUUGAUGAUUGUUUUAAUUAUGUAGCUCAAGAUUAAUGCUAUAUAAACAAUUAAUUCUAAGAAUGUUAAUGGAUUUCUAAUAAAAAUUUAUGUACUUUAAAAUAAUGUUUAACUGCUGAAUUGAAUGAUUAUACAGUUUAAUAUUGUUAAUAAUAUUUUGGUAAAUAAUGUACAGUAAAUUAAAAUUUUGAUGGAUGCAUUCAAGUAUCAAAUAAUUGUAAUGAAUAUUCAUAACUUUAAUGUAUGAGUGGAGAAAUGUUAAACAUAAGUGAAAUAUCUUGUUUUUGGGAUGAAAUCAAAAUAAAAUGUGUCGAAUAAACUUGUGAAAAAAGGUAGAUGUAAACAAAAAAGUUGUUUUGAUUACUAAUAUUCAGAUGAUAAUGAGUGUUCAUUACUUUUUGAUGAUAAAAGAUGUGCAUCAAAUGGUAAAUCUUGUGUUCUUAGAUAGUAAUGUGAAGAUGCUUUGAGUAAACAUCAAUGUACUUUUGAUAAAAACUUAAAGACUUGCGAUUGGUUAGAUGAUAUGUGUGUUUAAAAGAAAAGUUGUAACAAUAUAGUUUUAAAAGAAUUGUGUAAUGUUGAUGUUGAUGAUUAAAAUUGUAUUUGGGAUGAUGUUCUUAAUUAAUGCUUUUCAGAAUUAUGUAUAGGAUUUUGUGGAGAUGGAAUCAUUUAAAUUAAUGAUGAACAAUGUGAUGAUGGUAACUAAUUACCUUAUGAUGGAUGUUAUGAAUGUUAAUUCUAAUGUUCAUAUGGUUGUCUUGAAUGUGAUGAAGGAUAAGGUUGUAAAAAGUGUAAUGAAUAAUUUACCAUAAUUAAUGAAACAGCUACAUGUUAAGAGAAUAAAGUCUUAAUUGAUGAUUAGGAAGAUAUAAAUAAAGAUAUUGUUGUUGAUAUUAUCGCUCACAGAUGCAAUGAUAAUGAAAUAUUAAUAGACUUUCAAUGUGUAUCUUAAUGUGGGAAUGAUAUCCUUAACUCUAAAUAUGAAUAAUGUGAUGAUGGUAAUUAAUUUGGAGGAGAUGGAUGUUCAUCUGGUUGUAGUGAAGAAGAUUUCUAUUAGUGUCAAAAUUAUGAAAAUGCAUCCAGCAUUUGUUCUUAUAUUUUACCUCCUGAUUUAAUUUUAGUUAGUCUCUCAAGUAAAACUAACCAAACUUAAAAAGUUUAAUUAAGUUUCACUUAAAACGUGAAAUUACUGUCUGAUUUAAAAUUUGAAGAAAUUGCAGUAAUCUCAAUUAUUCCAUAAGCACUUGCACCUAUAAAUGUAAAACCAAUAUUAAAUCUAUCAACUACAUAUAAUAAUCCAUUAUAUGAGAUUACAGUUAAUUUCAUGGAGCCUGUAAAAAAUUCUGUACUAUAGAUAGAAUUUGCUUAAUCAAUUAUUAAAAAUGAAUUUGAUUUAGACUUGAUUCGAAAUCAGAUCUAAAUCAGUCUUGGCACUCCUUUUGUAUUAUCUGAAACUACUAAAUAAAAGGUGACUUAAAUUAUGCUUCUAAAUGAUAUUAUGAUUUAUUCUAUGGCUGCUAUAUCAGGACUAGCACUGCUGACAGGAAAUGCUAUAAUGUUUUUUAAUUUAUUAGAUCUAUUAUAAUAAUUGUCCUAUAUCAAAUUUAUGUAGUAUUCAUUUCCACCUCAUUUAAUCUAAUUUCUCAAUACUUAUACUAAGGUAUCAUUAAAACCAAUAAUGGAUCGAUUUAAAAUAGAAGAGUUACUUAUAUCAUUAAAUGGUGGAAGUUUACCAUUUUAAAGUACUGGAAAAUCAACAGAUAUUAAAACAAAUCCAUUAAAUUAGUUUUAUUUAUUCAAUGUUUAAGGAUGUUACUUCUCUAUUUUAUGUUCAUUACUAACAUAUUUUAUUUCCAAAUUAUUGUCCUCUAAUAAAGCUUUAUCCUUUUAAAAAUGCUUAUUUAAAAAAUUCUAAAAUAAAUUGACUUACCUUCGUUGUGAUUAAUUUUUCUCCAAAAAAGUCUAAAAAUUUUGCAAGAAAUUUAAAAAUGAAUAUUUCUCUUUUGGAAUAUUUAAGGUUUAUUUGACAAUUCUUCAUUAAUUUUUGUUCAGUGUAUUGUUAUAAUAUCCUGAUUACAGCUUUGAUUCUCCACUUAUGAUAUUAAAUAGUGUGAAUGCAAUUAUUGGAUUAAUGUUAAUUUCAUAUAUCAGUUUACAAUUGCUAUCUAUAACAUCAUCUAACAUAAAGGAUAAAUAAAAAUGGAAAUACUUUUAUCAAGAUUCAGUACCUCAAUUUUGGGCUGUUAAUUACAAAUCAUUUUAAAUAUAUAAAAUUAUGAUAUAUAUAUUUGUAAUUGUUAAAGCAAUUAACUAUCCAGAAGUAUAAUCAAUAAUACUAUCAAUGUCAUCGAUUUUCUAUUUAGGUUAUUUAUUAAAAUUCAAACCAAUAUAAUCCAAAUAUGAAUAUAUCAAACUAAUAUUUAGAGAAAUUUUAUUUGCUCUUACAACAGGGUCGUUUUUAAUUUAUAGUUUUGAUAUCCAAUAGAAUUAUCAAUUAUUACUAGGAUGGAUUCAUAUCUGUUUUUUUUCUUUAAUGUUGGUCUCAAACUUAAGUAUCGAUUUAGUUGAUAGUAUCAAAACUACAUGGAUGAAUUAAAAAAGGAAAAUAAAAUUAUAAAGAUUGAAAGAUGAAAAAAAAUUUUAUGUGAAUAAACUUUAAAAAUUAAUACAAUUGUGA